AUGAUUGGCAUUUUUAUACCAUCUUAGAAUAAUAAUUAAGAAAAUUCAAAGAAUAAGCCAUAAUUAUUGCUUGAUUUGCAGAAUCCUGUUGACAAUAUAGCACACUAGAGAUUAAAUUCUAGUAUGACUGACACUAACAUAGCGUAUAAACCUUUGCUUUAAACAAUGAAUUCAAAGUAAAAUUAAGGUGAAGAAAAGUUUCAGAAGUAGGAGGAAUACAGAAAGGAAUUGGAGAAAUAGGUAAUGGAGAAAUAGCAGCAAAAUGAAUAAGAAAAAAGAAAAAAGGAAGAACUUGAUAAAAGAGACAAGUUAAGACUUUAAAUUCAUCACAAAGAAAUGUUUUUUGAGUAGGCCAGAGAAAAGGGUUUGAGUUAGACUGAGAUGAUAAAGCAAUAUAAUGAGCAAGCCAAUAAAAAUAAGCUAGAAUACGAUAUUCUUGGGAAAUUUGAUGUGAAAGCAAAAUAAUAAAGUAAAGUAGGUAGUCCCGAUAAAAGCUUUAAUUAUAUCGGCAAUAAAUAUAAUCCAAAUAAUAGUAACAAAGAUGAUGGAUAAUACGCUACUUAAUCAAUGAAUUUAUUUGGUGAAUUCAUGAGAGUUUAGAAUGAAUAAUUAGAAUUUCUCAGAAAAUAGAAAGAUUAACUCUAGAAUGAAAUUAAGUAGCAAGAGUAGAGACUCAAAAGUUAAAAAGUAAAUGAUAAUGCUAAAGAUUUCGAAAUGCUUUUGAGGAAAACUACGGAUGUUUCAAGCGAUAAAAGAUCAGUUAGAUCACUCUCAGCUAAUAAGAUUUUUGAUAGGCUUUCAUCAAUUGAAGAAAGUCAAAAUAACUCCAACAGGGAUAUAAUUGAAAGAAAAAAUGAUCCAAUUACCUUAACUGAUCAGAAGUAAUAAGAUAGUUAAAGAAGCCUCAAUAAAUCAUUGAGUUUAAAUAAUCAAGCAGUAUCAUUUAAAAAGCCACCAAUUGAUAAGAAGAAAUAAAGGAAUCUGAGAAAAAUUCAAAAUCAAUUCAAUAUAGCCACUGAAACUGGAGUUUCAAGUUCAGAGGAUAAAAGUAGCCAAUCAAGUGUCGUAGGAAUUGGUACUGCCAAUUACAAAGCACCUCAUAGAUAAAAUGAUCAGUUAUGGCAACAGAGUGAUAAACUUUAGAUUAAAGAUGCAUUCUUUUACAUAGAAAAAGCCCUAAAUUAUGAGCGCAGUUACUAUUAAAAUAUUUUGGAGAAGGAUUAUAGAAUUGCUAGAUAAAAUAGUUAAACAGAAAGCAGCAUUAAUUAAGAUUAGGAAUCCUCUGAUGGAAAUUAAUAGCAGUAAAACUAAAGGCCAUAACAAGUAAGAAUUACUGAUAACUUGACCUCUAAACGAGCUUAAAAUGAUGAGAUCAAGAGUAUCAAGUAAAUAUAAAAACUUAUGGAAUAUUACACUGAAUUCUAGAAUGAAACGGAAUAACUUGGUAUACCAUUAGAUGAUCUGUUUCUUAAUAAAGUAUACUCUAACACAAAAUAUAAUUAGGAAAUAGUAAAGAACCCAGAUUUCAAAUAAUUUAUAGAAAGAAACUAAUUACCUCCUCCAAGGUAGCAGGCUGUUGUUGGUAAGAGUGAUGAACCUAUCUGGUGGGAACCUCCUUCAUAAGAUAGAAAUGAAGAUUUCGAGCAUCAUAUUCCUGAAAGAUUAAUUGAGCCUUAAUAUAAAGUUGAGGAUCAUAUAACUAAAAAGCUCUAUGAAAGGUUAGGAUUCCCGAUAGGAAUUAGCAAGGAUAAGCUAGAAGAGUAAUAAUAAAUUAUGUUAGAGGAUGUUAAAAUUUAGAUGGAUCGUUACUACAGAGGUUUAGAUAAAACUAAAAUAGAUAGAAAGCUUGCUAGAAUUGAAUUAGCUAAAAUCCAUAACAAUAGACUCUAAGCAUUAUUAGAUCAACGUGAAAGUGAGGAACUAGAAAUUGAAAGAUUGAAAACAUUGGCUAAAGAUUUGAAAUAAGAAAUGAAAUUGAUUACUAACAGUUCAGCGAUUCUAGGAAAGAAAAAGAAAAAAAAGAAGAAAAAAAAGAAAAAGAAGGGCCAGCCUGUGAAGAAGUAUUAAUCAAUUUAAAAUCAUGUCAUAUAAGAAGAAGAAAUAGAGGAUGAGGAGCAUCAAGAAGACUACAGAAAGAAUAUGAGAAAGUUGGAUCAUCUUAGAAUGUCUUCAAGCAAAUCUGCUAGUAGAAAAUCUGCUGGUUCAGGCUUUUAAAGUCCCAACGAGAGAAAGCUGAAUCAAACUGAUAAUUUUGAGAGAAGAAUAAAUAUAUAAGAUUAGAAAUAAUUUUAGGAUGAUUCCUAAGAUUCUUUGAAAAUUGGCAGCUAUAGUGGAAAUCUUGAGGAUUAUUAUACUGACAUUCAAUCAAAGAAUGACGAAGAAAAUAAUAAUCAGUAUAGAGAUGAUCAUUAUUCUGAUUAAAAAAGUAUUGAAUACAGCCAAGAAUAUUCAUCUUAUGAUCAAGAUAUUGACAACUCAAGAAACGGAAUUGACUUGGAUAAUCAAAUUAACAUCUAGCCUUUAGAAGAUAAAUUAUUGAAACUAAGGGAUUUUACAUAGUUUGAUUCUCGAACUAGAGAUAAUUUGAUUUUAAACCUUGAAGUCAUGAUGAGAGAUAUGAAAAGUGUAAAUUCUAUUAAAAGUUUAAAAGAAGGUGAACCAAUAAAAGAAAUAGACAAUAAUCAACUAUUUUAGAUGUCAGCUACUUAAGAAUAGAAAGAUAUGCCUAUUGAGUAAUAAAAACAAGUAAAAUUAGAGAGGUUAAGAGAUAAGAUUAAAAUAAGAUCCCAACUCAUUGAAGAUGAUUUUAAUGAGUUUCAAAAGGAGAUUGAAUAUUAAACUAGAGAGCUAAUGUAAAAGCCAAUUCUGGAUCCAGAGACUGGUAAUUAAUAUGAUGUUAACAGUCCCUCCUUUAUGGAUGAAAAUCCUAUUUUAAAUGAGAAUUCAAUAGAAACUGAGGACGAUGAAGCAAUGAUUAAAAAUUUGCUAGCUUAAAAUGAAUAGCUAAUGAUGAAUUAUACGAAUACUGAUACACUCUUAGAGUAGUAUUCAAAUUAGGGAUACAGGAGGAACUCAACUGAUACGAUUAUAGACAAGGCUUAAAGGAGAAUGAUGAUAAGGAUAUUGAAUGUUAGUAGGAAAGGUGCUUCAUCCAAAGAAGAAAGACUAAGAAGAUAAUAAGAGGAGGAUAAGCUUAGGUAAUAUGAACAAUUAAAUAUGAAAGAUCCAAUGCUAAAUAGAAUAGUUAAUGGCCGACCAACUUCUCCAUUUAAUAGAAAUAAUCAGUAUGGAGAAAUGAGAUCGAAAAUUGCAUUGAAGAUGGAAGGUGUUAGCUUAGCAUCGUUGGGACAAGGCAAGAAAAUUCAAGAGGAGCAGAUGUAUAGAUUCCUCGCUCGAAAGAAUAUUCAUGAGAGACUAAGAAACGAUAAAGAUUAUUCACCAGAGAGGAAAGUAGUUUAGGAUCUGGAUAAUAUCACUAAGCUAAGAGAUAAAACAAGAGUGAUUUAAAUUAAGAGAAUAAACAAACAACUUACAGAAAUUGGUGAGGAAAACCAUAGUGUUUCAAAUGAUGAUAACUAAGAAAAAAUUCACAUAAGAGAUUAAAAUAAGUAUGCCUUCUAAAGUGGAUUCUCUUAAUCAACAAGCAAAGAUGAUGAAAACGAAUAAAUUAGAUAAUAGAGAAUUGAAUAUCAGAGGCAACAACAAUAAAGCUAAAAUGAUCAAUACUAAUAGUAAUAAAAUGAAUAAUAGGAGUAUGAUGGAUAAGAUUACAGUGAGCAAAACUAUGAUAAUAAAGAACAAUAUAAUGAAUAUGGAGAUGAAGAUGGAUACCUAGAUAAUAAUUACAAGAAUGCAUAAGAUGAUCAAUAAUAUGAUGAAGAUUAUGACUACUGA